UUUCAUUUUGUUUGUUUACAAAAUUGUCGGUUUUCAUCAGAGGGCAAAUUUCUAAACCGAGAAAAAAAUUAUUUUCUUGAAAUAAGAGAAACUCCAUAUAAUAUGGCAUCAAUAGUUAGAAGAUUUUGCUUUUCUAGCAAACAGUAUUUAUUUUCCUCCUUGCAGCCUCACAAAACACCCAAGACUUUGAAUAGAUAUCUGCUGUCUGAAAAUGUGGCAAAUGACUGGAAACAGUAUCAUAUUAAGAGAUCUCUUUUUAUACAAACACAGGAAACACCAAAUCCCAACAGCCUGAAAUUUAUACCAGGCAUACCUGUUCUGGAAUCAGGAACAUUCGAAGCACCUAAUGUGAAAGAGGCAAGCAAAUCACCAUUAGCCAGACAAUUGUUUCAAAUUGAAGGUGUUUCAUCUGUAUUUUUUGGUCCAGAUUUUAUUACAGUUUCCAAGGCAAAUGAUGAAAUUGAAUGGAAAGUCUUAAAACCACAAAUAUUUGCUGCAGUUAUGGAUUUCUUUGCCACUGGCUUACCAGUUGUUAGCACAGAUCAAACAUCAUCUGACACAGAUUUUGAUCCUAAUGAUGAUGAAACAGUCCAGAUGAUUAAAGAAUUGUUAGAAACUAGGAUCCGACCUGUAGUUCAAGAAGAUGGUGGUGAUAUAAUAUAUAUGGGCUUUGAAGAUGGCAUUGUUAAACUGAAAAUGCAAGGAGCUUGUACUAGUUGUCCAAGUUCUGUUGUGACCUUGAAAAGUGGUGUAGAAAAUAUGCUUCAGUUUUAUAUUCCUGAAGUCAAAGGAGUGAUGCAGGUAACUGAUGAACUUGACGAAAUAGCACAAAAAGAAUUUGAAAAGUUAGAAGAGAAACUGAAAACGAAAGACUGAAAAUAAAGCAUAUGAUAUAUAUAUUUUUUAUUUCAAUUGUAUAUUUUGUAAAUUAGAUAUAUCGAAAUAAAGUUAUCACAUUCUUGA